AACGGAGAUCGGACAGGGUCGUAAUAGUAAAGUUCUGCGCAUGCGUGCGCAAAUCGGGUAGCAACGCGCAGAAUGGCAGCGGCCAUGGAGGACGGCGUGAGGGUGCGCGUCGGUGGACCUUUUCACGUUCUGCUUGGGGUCACCGGGAGCGUGGCGGCCCUGAAGGUCCCCGAGCUCGUCGGUCGGCUGCUGGAACUCCCGGGGGUGGAGGUGAAAGUGGUCACCACGGAUCAUGCCAAGCAUUUCUUCAGCCCUGAUGCCCUUCCUGUCGUGGUGCUCAGCGACUCGGACGAGUGGGAGAUGUGGAGGCAACGCUCAGACCCGGUGCUGCACAUUGAGCUGAGACGGUGGGCCGACCUCCUGCUUAUUGCCCCGCUAGAUGCCAACACCUUGGGCAAGCUUGCCAGUGGCAUUUGUGACAACCUUCUAACCUGUGUUGUCCGAGCCUGGGAUCGGACGAAGCCCCUUCUCGUUUGCCCGGCAAUGAACACGGCCAUGUGGGAGCACCCGCUGACUUGCAGGCAGUUGGGCAUCCUAAAGGAGUUUGGCUACGUUGAGAUUCCCUGCAUCAGUAAGAAGCUUGUGUGCGGAGAUGAAGGUAUGGGUGCCAUGGCGGAGGUUUGCACGAUCGUGGAGGCUGUGGAGAGUCACUUGUGCUCUGUUCAGGUGAGAUCUGAGGUGACACCUCCGAUGACAUCCUCGUGAUGAGCAGACCAUUGCUAUGGAAACAGGACUGGGCAAGAGCGGCACUGACGGGCAGCAGGUUAUCGACGACUAUCUGAAUCGACGGGGUCAGCCCUGGUGAGGGGUCUUCUGACGGUUGCUAAGUGAAGACAGCCGCAGGACACUUUGAGACUGAUGUGGCAUUUGACCUUCGCAGCAGCAGGGCUUGGCGCUACACAUGCCAGGUCAGCUGAAGAGACGCCAAGUCUGAAAGGACCAGAAAUGCAAAAUCAGGGAGGCGGCCGAACGGGUCCUACAGUAGGUGACCGUUGGAGUGGCACGUCACCCAUAGGGUGGUGGUACGUGUGUCCCCAAUUAGAUGCCUGUCACGAGCAGCAUGUUGGGAUGUUGCCCAUAAUUGUAAUAAAUCAUAGAUGGCUUUGUGCCAUCUGCUGCUGUUUUUUAAUGAA